AUGCGUUUCUCCUCCAUCCUUGCGGUUGGCGCCGCCCUGAGUGCCGGCCUUGUGGCGCCCGUCACCGCCUCGCCCACUGUCAUGAGCACGAUCCCCAACCACAUUUCGGAAAAUGUUCGUCGCGAGCUGGCAGCUCUGCCUGCGGAGGACUACACGAUCUACGAGCGCGACGUGGGACCCUCGUCGUCGCUCGCCAAGCGAGGAGCUCAGAUCUCGGGCGUCCAGACUCGCUGCACCUCCAAGAGCUGCCUCUCCAUCACGUUCGACGACGGACCGUACCAGUGGGAGCGCAAGCUCGUCGACACGCUCGGCGACGCCGGUGGCCAGAAGGGCACCUUCUUCGUCAACGGCAACAACUUCCGCUGCAUUUAUGAGGAUGCUCAGGUGCAGAACCUUCGCUACACCUACGAGCGAGGCCACCAGAUCUGCUCGCACACCUGGGGCCACCCGGACAUCAGCACGCUCAACAACGCUCAGCUCGACCAGCAGGUCCAGCUCGUCGAGGAUGCCCUCUGGAAGAUUCUGGGUGUCGUUCCGGCUUGCUUCCGUGCGCCAUAUGGUAACAUCCGACCCGACCAGGUCAAGUACCUCAACGACCGAUGGGGCUAUGUCAUCGUAGGUUGGAACGAAGACACUGGGGACGCCAAUGGCGAUGGUGUUGAAGCCGGUCUCAACCUGUAUAGGAAUCUGAAGGCUCCCAAGCAUGCGAUCGUGCUGAAUCAUGAGACAGUCGCCGGUACGGUGGACACCGUGAUCCCCCAGGCUGUCAACAUUGUGCGCCAGAACGGCUACAAGGGCAGCCAGACCGUCGCCACCACUCUCGGCUUCAACCCUUACAAGGUGGUCGGAAAGUACGGCACUCGCGAUGGCUCGUGGACGUGCAACGGUAAGCCCCAGCCCGGAUCCAGCUAA